AGCGCAGUGCGGGAUUUAGCCUCCUCUCGAGCAUUUUCACAUGUUUUCACCCUCUUCUGGAUUAAGGAUUAAUUCUCGACACCUCAGUCAGAGCCGACGGGAGCUCAGAGAGCUCACAAACAUGAUGUUCCAGAUGUUCCAGAUGUGGGUGGAGUAAACCCCCUGGGGGGGGGUGGGGGGGGGGGCGCGCGGCUCAACAUGGAGCUGGGACUGAGCAGGACCGUUCUGCACCUGCUGCUGCUGCAGAGCGGGCUGCUGCUGCCGUCACGCACGCAACGCCCACCCAGCUUCACCCAGGCCCCUGACGACCAGACGGGUGUUUCUGGGGGCGUGGCCUCUCUGGUGUGCCGGGCGGCGGGUGAGCCCAGGCCCCGGAUCACCUGGAUGAAGAAGGGGAAGAAGGUCAGCUCGCAGCGCUUUGAGGUGAUGGAGUUUGACGACGGUUCCGGUUCCGGGUCCGUGCUGCGGAUCCAGCCGCUGAGGUUCCACCGGGACGACGCCGUGUAUGAGUGCACCGCCGCCAACGGGGUGGGGGAGAUUAGCACCAGCGCUAAGCUAACAGUCCUGGAGGAAGACCAGAUCCCUCACGGGUUCCCCGCCAUCGACAUGGGGCCCCAGCUGAAGGUGGUGGAGAGAACCCGGACCGCCACCAUGCUGUGCGCCGCCAGCGGGAGCCCGGACCCCGAGAUCCGCUGGUUCAAGGACUUCCUCCCGGUGGAGACGGAGGACGACGGCGGGCGGAUCAAGCAGCUGCGCUCAGGGGCGCUUCAGAUCGAGAACAGCGAGGAGUCGGACCAAGGGAAGUACGAGUGCGUGGCGGUCAACAGCGCCGGGACCCGUUUCUCGGCCCCGGCCAACCUCUACGUCCGAGUUCGCCGUGUGCCCCCCCGUUUCUCCAUCCCACCCAACAACCACGAGCUGAUGCCCGGCGGGAGCGUCAACCUGACGUGCGUGGCGGUCGGCGCCCCCAUGCCCCACGUCAAGUGGACGAGCGGCGGCGCGGAGCUGACGCAGGCAGACGAGAUGCCGAUUGGCCGGAAUGUCCUGGAGCUCACCAACAUCCACCAAUCCGGAAACUACACCUGUGUGGCGGUUUCCUCCCUGGGCACCAUCGAGACCACGGCGCAGGUCACCGUCAAAGCCCUUCCUCGGCCGCCCAGUUCUCUCACCGUGACAGAAACCACAGCCACCAGCGUCACCGUCACCUGGGACUCUGGAAAUCCUGAACCCGUGUCUUACUACGUGAUCCAGUACCGCACCAAGCUCUCGGACAAUGGUUUCCAGGAGGUGGACGGCGUGGCGACGACCCGGUACAGCGUCGGUGGCCUCAGCCCCUUCACGGAGUACCUGUUCUGUGUCAUGGCGGUCAAUAACGUGGGCCGGGGGCCUCCCGGCGCCGUGGUGGCGACCCGUACGAGUGAGCAGGCCCCGUCGUCUCCGCCCCUCCACGUGCGGGCCCGCAUGCUGAGCUCCGGAACCAUGCUGGUGCAGUGGGACCCUCCAGAAGAACCCAACGGGCAGAUCCAGGGCUAUCGGGUCUACUACAGUCCCGACCACGAGUCCCCGCUCGCCACGUGGCGGAAGCACAACGCCGACGACGGGCGGUUUGCCAGCAUCUCAGGGCUGGUUCCGGACAUCACGUACAGCCUCAGAGUCCUGGCCUUCACCUCGGUGGGGGACGGACCCCCUUCUGAAGUCCUGCAGAUCAAAACCCAGCAGGGAGUUCCAGGUCAGCCGGCAGCCCUGGAGGCCGAGGCCGAGCUGGACUCGCGGAUCAUGCUGUCCUGGCUUUGGCCCCUUCAAGACGACGUCAUCGGCUUUGAGCUGGUCUACUGGGAAUCGGACAAUCCCUCCGACAAGCGUCACGUGUCGCUGGCGGCGACGGGCUCCUUCGCGGUGGACGGUCUGAAGGAGGACACGUCCUACACGUUCUCCCUGGCGGCUCGCUCGGAGAUGGGUUUAGGAGUGUUCACUCAGCCGGUCCAGGCUAGAACGAUCCGGUCCAUGUCUGGAGCUCCGCCCAGGAAGGUGGAGGCACAAGCCGUCAACUCCUCCGCCCUCAGGGUGACCUGGAAGCCCCCGCUGGCCCCGAAGCCCCACGGCCAGGUCCAGGGCUACCGGCUGGUCUGCAGCAGGUUGGAGAACGGAGAACCUCACGGCCAGCCGCUCGUGCUGGACGUGUCCUCCCCGGACGCUCGGGACGCCGUCAUCGCCGGCUUGCUACCAGAGACCACUUACUCUGUGACUGUGGAGGCCUACACCACCAGGGGGGGCGGAGCUCCGAGCAAGGCCAAGGUGGCCUCCACCUCCGGGGCAGUCCCUGGGAGGCCCACCAUGAUGAUCAGCACCACCAUCGGGAACACGGCCCUGAUCCAGUGGCAGCCCCCCAGGGAGCUGGCGGGGGAUCUGGUGGGCUACCAGCUGCAGUACAAGAGGACCGAGGAGGAGGCCUUCACCACCAAGGACUUCAAGAAGACCGACGAUCACUUCACCGUCACAGGUCUCCACAAGGGGGCCGUCUACACCUUCAAGCUGUGCGCCAAAAACCGGGCGGGGACCGGGGAGGAGCACGUCAAGGACAUCAGCACCCCCGAAGACGUUCCCUCCAGCUACCCUCAGAACCUGAGCGUGGCGGGCCUGACGGCCACGUCCGCCGGUCUCACCUGGGACCCCCCGCCUCUGGCCGACCGGAACGGAAAGGUGGUCGAGUACGCGGUGGUGUACCGAGACAUCAACAGCCAGCAGAACCACACCGUGGUCACCGCGGAUACCGGGGUGACCGUCCGAGACCUGCAGCCCGACACCACCUACGACAUCAGGGUUCAAGCCUUCACCAGCAAGGGGGGCGGACCGCUCAGCCCCAGCAUCCAGAGCAGGACCAUGUCCGUGUCCGGGCCGGCGUUCACCAAGAGCUUCGGUGUGAAGACGGUGACGAAGACCUCGGUCCUUCUCACCUGGGAAAUUCCCCAAACCUUCACGUCUCAAGGUCCUCUCAAGAUUUUCUACAACCAGCAGAGUGUGGAGGUUCCAGGAGACCUGCAGAGGAAGCUGAUCCGGCAGCUGGAGCCGGACACAGAGUACUCCUUCGUGCUGAUGAGCCGGGGGGACGGCGCCGGGGACGUCCAGCAGCAGGUGUCCGUCCGAACGGCGCCCGACCUGCUGACCGCCAAACCGGUGGUGUACCAGCACCCGGGGGACGACGGCGGGACGGCGACCGUCAGGCUGCCUCAAGUCCCGGCCGGAUCCUCGGUCAGGUGUUUCUACAUCGUUGUUGUUCCUGUGACUGCAGCUCUGAAGACUCCUGAAGACCUGGACCUGCUCCAGCUCCUCCAAACGGACCAGGACCAGGACCAGGACCUGGACCUGGACUUCCUGCGGCCCCACAUCGCUGCCAAGCUGGACGUUCUGCCGGAGACAUUCACUCUGGGCCAUGAGGACAGACUCACCGGCAGCGGGCGGCGGCUGUACCGAUGCUUCCUGUUGGCCGACCUGACUGACCAUGAGACUCAGCAGACCUUGACGUUCAGCCCCCUGUCUGAGGCCUUCCUGCUCGGGUCCAGCUCGGUGGUCCAGCACCCCCAGGAGGACCCUGAGCUGUUGUGGGUCAUGGGUCCAGUCCUGGCUGUGGUCCUCAUCGUCGUCAUCGUCAUCGCCAUUCUACUCUUCAAGAGCGAACAGGAAAGGAAGCGAACUUGUCCUACAAAGGAUGACCACAUGGUGGGGCUGAAGGACUCACUGCUGGACCACUGCUUAGACCCUGUAGAGGUUAGGAGGCUCAACUAUCAGACUCAAGGGAUGAGGGAACAUCCUCCCAUCGCCAUUUGCGAUCUGGCCGAUCACAUCGAGAGACUGAAGGCCAAUGACGGACUGCGCUUUGCCCAAGAGUACGAGUCCAUCGAUCCGGAUCAGCAGUUCACCUGGGAGCACUCCAACCUGGAGGUCAACAAGCCCAAGAACCGCUAUGCUAACGUGGUGGCGUACGACCACUCCCGGGUCGUCCUGGCCCCGGUUCCCGGAGUCCCGGGCAGCGACUACAUCAACGCCAACUACAUCGACGGCUACAGGAAGCAGAACGCCUACAUCGCCACGCAGGGCCCACUCCCCGAGACGACGGCCGACUUCUGGAGGAUGGUGUGGGAGCAGAGGACCGGCACCGUGGUCAUGAUGACCCGGGUGGAGGAGAGGUCCCGGGUGAAGUGUGACCCGUACUGGCCCGGCCGGGGCUCGGAGACCUUCGGGACGAUCCGGGUCACCUUGUUGGACUGUGUGGAACUGGCUUCGUACAGCGUGAGAACCUUCGCCCUCGUGAAGAACGGUUCAGGUGAGAAACGGGAAGUGCGUCAGUUCCAGUUCCUGUCCUGGCCGGACCACGGCGUUCCCAGUCAUCCUUCGUCCAUCCUGGGCUUCCUGCGGAGAGUCCGGUCCUGUAACCCUCCGGACGCCGGCCCCGUGGUGGCCCACUGCAGCGCCGGUGUGGGCCGGACCGGCUGCUUCAUCGCCAUCGACGCCAUGCUGGAGCGGAUGAAGCACGAGAAGACGGUGGACGUGUACGGCCAGGUGACCUGCAUGCGGGCCCAGAGGAACUACAUGGUCCAGACGGAGGACCAGUACGUCUUCGUCCACGAGGUGCUGCUGGAGGCGGCGGCCUGCGGGAACACCGAGGUGCCCGCCCGGAACCUGUACGCCCACGUCCAGAAGCUCUCCGAGACCGCCGCCGGCGGGGAGACCGUCACUGCCAUGCAGCUGGAGUUCAAGAAGCUGUCGGACUCCAGGUCACAUACCUCCAGAUUCAUCAGUGCCAGCCUGCCGUGCAACAAGUUCAAGAACCGCCUGGUGAACGUCCUGCCGUACGAGUCCGCCCGGGUCUGCCUGCAGCCAAUCAGAGGCGUGGAGGGCUCCGACUACAUCAACGCCAGCUUCAUCGACGGCUACAGGCAGCAGAGGGCCUACAUCGCCACCCAGGGCCCGCUGUCCGAGACCACCGAGGACUUCUGGAGGAUGCUGUGGGAGCAGAACUCCACCAUCGUGGUCAUGCUCACCAAGCUGCGCGAGAUGGGACGGGAGAAAUGCCACCAGUACUGGCCCGCUGAGCGCUCCGCCCGCUACCAGUACUUCGUGGUGGAUCCCAUGGCGGAGUACAACAUGCCGCAGUACGUCCUGAGGGAGUUCAAAGUGACGGACGCCAGGGACGGUCAGUCCAGGACCAUCCGGCAGUUCCAGUUCACCGACUGGCCGGAGCAGGGGGCGCCCAGCGCCGGGGGCGGAGUCAUGGACUUCAUCGGCCAGGUGCAUAAAACCAAGGAGCAGUUCGGACAGGACGGGCCCAUCACCGUGCACUGCAGCGCUGGUGUGGGGAGGACCGGCGUGUUCGUCGCCCUCAGCCUGGUCCUGGAGAGGAUGCGCUACGAGGGCGUGGUGGACCUGUUCCAGACCGUCAGGACCCUGCGGACCCAGAGGCCCUGCAUGGUGCAGACGGAGGAGCAGUACCAGCUGUGCUACCGGGCCGCGCUGGACUACCUGGGGAGCUUCGAUCACUACCCCACAGCGGGGGGGACGUGAGGACCUGGACCUGGUCCUGGACUGACCCCGAUCCACCUCACCUGAUCCCCGAAGAUCCCGUCCUCACAGAUCUGGUCCCAGUGCUCAGUUCGGGACCUGGUUUGAUGCUGCUCAGUGUGUGUGUGUGUGUGUGUGUGUGUGUGUAUACACCCUGUAUUAUGACAAUAAAUCCCUGACCAGGAUAAAACUGUUUCAAACUGCGAAUAAAUUUCCAA